AUUCUGUGAUAGCGCCGACUGGUUGACUAAAAACGCUUUUGUAUCAAUUAUGUCUAGGAAGGCAGAGCUGUUGAGGCAAACAAGUAAAUUGUGAAUAAAUUUAGACGGGUAAGGAAUUCGUUUCCGGAACUCACUGGGAAACCAUACCAACGAGUUCAUCUCCACGCAUUCUCACGGAUUACAACCACUUGCUUCUUCGUAUGAGUCUACAACAAAUCCUUUUGUUUUAGACGAUGAAACGUAUCGUUGCAACAGAUGCGAGACAAUAUGACCUUAUCCAUAUAAAUAAGCUUUAAAUCAUCGUUGGUGAUCCAAAAGUUAGCGCGCAGUUGCACACAAAGCUUCGGUCUUUCAUGUUCUGCCACUGGCCGCUGGUCUGGGUUUUACACGACGGGUAGCCGAGGUUGCUAUGGCGUUUUACAGGGAAGCGAAAAGAGCAAUCAAUUUGUUUUUGGAUAACAACUGAGGUUUUCAGCUGAAACACUGUGCACUGAUUUUUACCGUUGCUAACAGGCUGCUUGAAUGAUGGAACAGAAUACAAGAAGGGAGUACAGUGAUGUUACAGAAAAUUUGCGGAGGUUGAGAGGGCUUUCAGAGGAUGAUGUUUCUGAAGAAGGACUUCUUAGGUCAAGAAUAGAACAACAAUCAGAGUUGAUUUGCAUCCUAAAACAGAGAGCAGAUGAAUAUCUGAAGAAAUAUAUGGAAAUAGAGAAGAGAACUGAAAAUGUUCGAAACGAAAUCGCAGAGUCAUUGAGCCGGUAUGAAGCUGAGAAAAAAGACCAUGAGAUUUUAAAGAACAGAUUCAACACUUUGGAUCAUAAUCAUGUUGAAAUGAUCAAAUUGAAGGAUGAGUACAAAAAUGAGAACGCGAAGUUACGAAAAGAGAACAUGAAACUGAAGCAGGACAAUGAAAAUAUGUUCAGUGAAACGAUUCGGGAGAAAGAUCGUAUUCUUGAAGAACUGAGCGUGGACGUGAUAAGGUUUAAAAAAAGCUUAGAAGAAGCUGACGAAAAGGAAAGGGAUCUCAAAGCCCAGCUUGAUCAAAUGAAAGAGCAAAACGAAAAACAACUUAUCGAAAUCAAAACUACGCAAGAUGAUGAGAAAUCUAAUAGCAAAGAGACAUUCAGACGACUUGAAGAGAAGUAUUCAGCAGCUCAGAAACAGCUGACGUCACUACAAAGGCAGCUAGACGAAUCCGACCAGCAAAAGACCGGGCUGCAAGAUUUGCUGGAAGCUCAGCAGUUAGUUAUCAAGGAGAAUGAGAUAAAAUUUAACGAGCUGCAAAGACUUCUAGAGGCUGAAAAUGAAAAAGUGAGACAUUUGGAUCAAAGACUCAAGAAAGAAAGCGAGUCCCUUUCUACUAAUCAAACAAUUCGGCGACUUAAGGUUGAAAUAAACGAAGCAAAGCAGUCGAACAUUCAAUUACAUAAGGAAUUCGAUGCCUAUAAGAAACAUACUUCAAAUCUACUAAACAGGGAACGCGACCUAAAUGUGAAGUUACGAAGACUAAACAUUCCUUAAGCUUUAAUGUUUCAUUAUACUUCCGAUCCUGUUGUCCUGCGUGUUAAUAUGUUUGCAUCUACAAAUAACAAUUAACACUUUUUGCGAAUCUGAAGUUGAAGUAGGCGUUCACGAUGAAAUGUUUGUCUCACAAUAAAGAGGCCUUCAGACCGUUAAGACGAAAACCGUUUCUGCAAAAUACGCGAAUAGCCAACAUAAUUAUAGAACCAUAGCAUGGCAAAGAGCUGCUAAAUGUACUAAGAAUGUGUUCCAAGACUUUUUGCCAGUAAUUGUAUAUUUUUCAUAUGCUUAGUUUUAAACGUUCCACAGAUAACAAGACUCGUAGGAAUCCACACAUUUCCCGGGGGAUUUUGGGGCCUAAAAAACAUUUUUGUGUCUUCAGUUCCAAAAGAAAAGAGAAAAUCUUGAAAAUUAUUUGACUAAUAUAUAUCCUAACAUAAAACAUCUAAGCGUUUAGAAUAAAUUCAUCUGGUUUUAAAGAUAAGAAGAUUACGCUUGCCUUAACUGGAUAGCAAUGUUCUUGCUGAAAUCAGAAUCCCAAAAAUAAUAAUUGCCUCGCUUGCAUUUUCACAUACAAGCUUUGAUUUUGUUUCAUUUUGCUGACACAUUUCACAAUCGUUUGAGGUUAAAAUUGCAAUUAGGUUAGUUCAAAUUGUUUAUUUUGGUCCAGUAAGUUCAUUUUAAAUUUAUUUGCAGAUUAUUUUGUAAUUAGGUUAUAUGCCUUCUUGGCCUGUAUACCUUUAUUAAAAGAAAACUAAAUCACUCCAAAAAUUUCCCAAGAUGGUUUGUAAAUAUCAAUUUUGUAUACUUUUGCUGGGUAAAUGGCUGCUGGACGUAGUUUCGUUGGCUUCACAAAAACUGUUAGAUUUUGAUCAAACCCUUUAAGUUUUCUUUUUAUACUGAAUUGAUGGAAUUUUGAAAUGACUAGCUUUGGUCCGUUUUUGACAAUAGUAUUCUGGUUUCAUCACACGAAUGUUUCAUCAAAUUUCUUACAGCUGAUCCAAAUAAUUUCAAAUAUGGAUUAUCUAUAAAUAAUUUGCUACUUCCCUUUAAGUUUGAGCUUGGGUGGUGUGGAGUUUAAAUUUUGAGUUUAGAAGGCGUCCGUUAGCCUGCUUUGAACUGUCGUGUCUUUAGUUACACAUAUUUUUCCCGCUAUUUUGUGCCUAUCUUUGUCGUAGAGCCCCGGUAAAUAUCGUUGCCAUCGACUGUAAAGUUUGAUAGAAUUGUAAAUUUAUAUCAUUGCAUUUUUGGAAUGUCAUGAUUUGUGGAUUGAAUCAAUGAAUUUUUUUGUAUUAUUACUUGUAUCUUCUUUUGGCAUUUCAAAUUUUUUUUUGUAGAUUCUAUAGUUUUAAUUGCGAUAAAGACCUCAUAAUUUCAUUUCUGGGCGAGAUUUCGUUCUUGCAAAGGCUUGCUAUUUUUGAAAAUGUUAUUAUCACAAAUUUAUAUAAAUAGAAACUUGUAACGAAUGAGAAACACUGUUAAAACAAGUGAUUCUGCCAUCGGUCAACAUCUUUUAGACAACCCAGAUUGUGCAGAACUCUAAAAUGACGACAUAUUUCGGAUAAUUGGCAGAGCCCGGUCAUCCUUCCAUCUAGCAGUUUUGGAGUCGAUCUACAUAAAAACGAAAAAGCCGCCAUUGUGUAGACAGAAGGAGUUCGUUUUCUCUCUUGGACUCCAGUGGUAAUUUUUCUUUAGGCUCGAGGCACUGAUUGGUCAACCAUACCGUUCUUGUGCUUGCGUUUUUCUGAUUGGCCUAUUUCGAUCCACAACUGGGUAUAUAUUUUCCAUCGUGUUCUUUUGGAACCUUAUUCUGACGUUUAUGCUCUGAGGAGUGUCAGACGAAAAAGCUUUUAGUAUGUCGUAAAAUGUUUGCUUUUUUCAAAGCCAUUUUCAAAUUCUGUACCGCAAAAAAAUUGUUCACAGAAAAUAUAUUGCUAGUUUCAACAAAAUCGAAGUUAUGGAAUUGAAUUUAAUUAUUACUAAAAAUUUGUAAUCAUUUUUGUCGGAAUAGUGACUAACAUUCAGCUAGAUGUUGAAGUCCUUAUCUGUUGUUUUAGAAAUGAAAACUUUUUGAAAAAGUAGGACAGUAAUUCAAUAACAACUUUUGACACUAUUUCUUUCUGAACUUUGCUUAAUUGCUCAGCAGCGUGUUUCUUGUGGUACUCAGGGGCGAAAAUCCCGUGUGACACCCCCCCCCCCCAAUCUAAAAAAUUGUGGAUUUUGCAGGGCAAUCGAAGAUUUCGCAGGGCGCCCAGAAAAAUUUUAUUGCAGCGCAGGAACGCCACCUCGGAAGUUCGUUGAAGAAUUUUGAAAUGGAUACAUCAUAUUUGCGCCGAUUUUCCCUUCCUGACAUAGCAUUCAAGCGAAGGGAACAGGUUAUGUCAGGAAGAGACCAGUUACAUUCAUUUUUUAUAUGAAACUGGCUAUAAGAAACGAAUGCUGGACGGUCAGAAAAAAUCAAGAAACUUCACUACUCGAAGCAAAAGGUUUAGAAACUAUGAAAACGUCAUAAAACAGAGAACAAUGGAAUUUUGUAAAAUCCAAGAACAGGAUUGCCCUGAUGACCUAAAACUCAAAACACAAGGGAUAAAAGUAUACUUCCACGUCUAAAUACAGCAUCAGAACGGAAGCGAAUCUCUUGACGUGAUAAAAAAGGUUAGGAACAUUUCAUAACAUCAUUCAUGACAUCAUAAUUAAGAAACUCUCGGAAGC